UCACACAUCAGCCAGCAGCUGACCAAAUCUGUUUGCAUAUUUUUGCUAAUUCUUCUUAUAGAAGUCUAAAUAAAAAUUUAGUCAGUUAACUAAUUUUCACGAUCUCACGUCAUAUUUAACACAUUCAUAGGUACUUACGUACGUAUAAAUAAGGAAAAUGACGAAGAAAGGGACAGGACACAUUUUACAAGAUUUACUUUCCUCCACGGUCCUUCUCCACAGGUCAAAUUUUGUCACCACCAACUUCCCCCCCAAAAUUGAAGAGGAUCACUCAUCCCCAGAACUAACGCCGUCCUUCUGUUCAAUCUGCACCGAAUCUGGGACCAAUCUGCGUCCUCUCACCCUCCAACUAACGGAAAUUCUUGCCAAAUUCGAAAUUCUAAAUCAGGAGCAAAUUUCCCUCAUUUCACAAACUGACCAUCAUCCUGCAAUAUUUUGUUGCAAAAUUUGCUCCUCCGCGAUCCUCUCGUUGGCCAAGUUGACCACGCAGAUUGCAAAUAUCACCAUUUCUCUCCGUGCCAUCAUCUCCAGCAGGAACGGACUGUUCAAUAAAGGGCGAAAGGAAGACGCCAAAAUUACUGAAUUGUGCCACGAAAUAGCGGCCAACAAUGGUAACAAUGACCAACAAUUAAGCGGAUGCGUUGAAGAGGAGGAAGAAUUCUCAGUAAAAGUCGAGCCAAUCUGCGACGAAGACGACGUCGACGACGAUAACCUGGACGAGAUAACACCUCAUCCUUCCUCCGAAAGUGAUGACGACUCCGACCUUGCAAAUUCCGAUGUUGGAGUGGAACUUAUCUGCAAAAUAUGCCACCCUAACGCCACCUUUUACGAUAAUGCCGGCUACGAACGCCACCUGAAGAACAAGAAUAUUCAUCCCGACAUUUCUGAGGAUGAUAUCGCCCACCUCCAACAACCUGAUUCAGUCAAACGGAAAUUUGCGUGCAAAUUAUGCAAAUGUAAAUUCGCCAAGAAAGUUAACCUCCUCCGACAUUUAGCGAGCAGGAAACUGCGUCCCGAUCUUUCUGAGGUUGAUUUAGCAGCGGCCACAGCCGCAGUUAAGACCACAGAACGAAAACGAUCCGUCCCCCCAAAACGGAAGGAAUUUCCGUGCCCCAAAUGUGACAAGACUUUCGCCUCGAAGGUAGGCUUACAAAAGCACAAUCGCGUCUCUCACGAGUGGGCCCCUUUCCGCCGGAAGUGCACCCUUUGCCCGAAAAGCUUCACCAAGUCGACUCUCCUCCAAAGGCACAUGUUCGCCCGGCACAACGUCCCAAUCCCUAUGCUGACCAGGGUGCGGAGAGAAACGCUCCAUUCGUGCGCCAUCUGUGCAAAGAUAAUGGCAUUAGCGGGCAUGCAGCGCCACGUGGAAACGGUCCAUUUCCUGGAUAAGACGUCCUGUCCGUACGGAUGUCAAGUCAAGAUUGACUCGGAGGCUGCCUGGGUGUCCCAUUUGGAGGGGUGCGGCUCACCAAAAAUGAGUGUAGAAUCCGAAAGCAUUUGCAAAUAUUGUCCCGCCGUGUUCAGGAACACCCUUCUCCGGAUAGAACACCACCUGCGCGUCCAUCCGCAAAACACGUACCCAUGUUCCACAUGCCAGCAGAGAUUUACCCUCCAGUCCGUCCUCAGUAGUCAUUCUUGUUUCAAAAUAUUGGAGAAAAACGUUCUAAACUCGGGACCGGAUGUCAAUUCCGGAUCAAAAUAUGUGUCUCAACCGAACAUAUCGAAUCGCCACAUGAGGAACAAGAUUAUUCGCCCAGACAUUUCCGAAUUUUCCAACGCAGUCGCGCAUUACCCUGCCGACCAGAUUUACAACAAUGAGCACGCCCUCCAAUUAACCGGAUUCACUGAUGAGGAGGAGGAAAAAUUCUUCGUAAAAGGCGACCCAAUUUGCGAAAUCAUGUCAGAUCCUCUAAAAAUGUCGGAAAGUGAGAAUGACGACGUUGCCAAUUCCAGGGUCCAUGUGGAACCAAAAUAUGUUUGCAAAAUAUGCCAACCCAAUGUCACAUUUACGAGGAAUCACAAUUACAAGUGCCACAUGACCAACAAGAAUAUUCAUCCUGACGUUUCUGAGGCUGAUAUUGCCCAAUUAUCCAACCAAGUGGCGCCUCCUCCUGCCGACCAGAUUUACAACGAGGACGACGCCCAACACUUUGCGGAGGAGGAGGAAAAAUUCUCCGUAGAAAUUUCCGAAAUCACGUCAGAUCCUCUAAAAAUGUCGGAAAGUGAGGAUGACGAAGUUGCCAAUUCUGGGGUCCAUGUGGAACCAAAAUAUGUUUGCAAAAUAUGCCAACCCAAUGUCACAUUUACGAGGCAUCAUAAUUACAAGUGCCACAUGACCAAUAAGAAAAUUCAUCCCGACGUUUCCGAGGCUGAUAUUGUCCGUUUCCAUCCAAAUUUAGACUUGAAGAAAUCUGCGUGUCAAUUAUGUCACAAGAAAUUCGCCAAGCAUGCUCACCUCCUCCGACACUUGAGCAGCAGGAAAAUCCAUCGCGACAUUUCUGAUGCGGAUUUUGCGGCGGCAUUCGAAAGGACCGAGCGACAACAGAGGCCAAUUCCAUGUCCAAAAUGCGACCAGAUUUUCACCUCGUACUUGGAAUUUCGCCGACAUUUUUUUCUCAGCUCGCACGAGUGGGUCACGUACCACCGGAAGUGCACCCUUUGCCCGAAAGCCUUCGCCAAAUUGACCCUUCUGCAAAGGCACAUGUUCACCCAUCACAAUGUUCCAAUUCCACAGAACGCAUGGCUAGAACCGCGUCACUCGUGUGCCAUUUGUGCAAAAACCUUCGCCAGCCCGGCAACCCAGCAGCGUCACGUGGAAGGGGUCCACCUCCCGGACAAGACGUCCUGUCCGUACGGGUGCGAAACCAAGAUUGACUCAGAGGCUGCCUGGUUGACUCAUUUGGAGGGGUGCGAUUCGCCAAAAAUGCGGGCAGAAUCGGAAUGCGCGUGCAAAUAUUGUCCCGCCGUUUUUCGCAACAUCCUCCUCCAGAUGCAACACCUCCUCCGGGUACAUCCAGAAAACACGUGCCCUUGUCCCUCCUGCGGGCAGAGAUUUACUCGCAAAACUGCCCUCCAAGAUCACCAUUGUCCGAGAAAUGGUCACGUUCCAAAGUCGGGACUUCCGGAUGCAAGAUAUCUUCCUGCGCUUCACGUUUCCGGUGCCCCUCCUGUCAGGACGCCAUUGCAACCAACCAGAUUUCCAUUCCCAACGACGACCCCCACCAAUUCCCAGAAGAAGAAUUUCCCGUAAAAAUCGAGCAAAUUCCUUACGACCCUCCCGAAAUCACGGGUGAUCCUCUUUACCAUGCAGAAAGUAACGCCGAUGACGACCAGAUUUCGGCCGAAUUUACCAGGAAGACGGGAGGCGCCCCUCCAGAUCAAGAACGAAUUCCUUGCCUAAAAUGCGACCAGCGUUUCACGUCUUACGUCGCCUUGCACGUGCACAUGCGCUCCCUUCAUGGCGCGACUAAACGGAAAUGCAC